AUGAUGCCUAGUGAUGGUGAUGUGGUAAACACGUGUUUAACCAGUCGGCCGCAUAUUGUACUAGUCGAGCUGGCUCAUUCGACUGGUUCGUGCGAAAGCACUUGCUUCGCACCUGGUUACGCAGUCUAUAUAGCAUCAGUUGCGCGGCGAGGAGGAUCUGAAGAGCAAAGGCUCUGUUUUCCACCCCUUUCUGAUUGCCAGCUGAUCAGCAGUUGGAUUACUUGGAGUCCGUGUCAUGGUGAGUGUGGGCAAGAAAAACAAACGAAGAAGAGAAUAUGUUUGACUGCUAAUUGCGACGGCGAAUUGCUAAAGGAGGAAAAAUGGCCAUGUUGGGGUUCUAACAAGACAACCUGUUGGUUGCAAUGGUCUGAAUGGAAUGACUGCUCUCAGUCUUGCGAUGGAGGACAUAGGAAAAGAGAAAGGCUCUGCCCUCUACUUGGAAAAUGUGAAGGGACAGCCUACGAAAUUGAGGAGUGCAAUAUAGUGCGGUGUUCAUCAAAUACAUGGGGAGAUUGGCUGCCUUGCUCAGUGUCAUGUGGCAUUGGAUUUCAAAUCCGUGAACGUCUUUGUGACGGCAACUUAUGUACAAUUGUUAGCAAACAAGCACGGACCUGCAAUGAACAGCCCUGUCCAGCGAACUCCAGAGAUUUUGAAUGGGAGGAUUGGAGUGAUUGGACGGAAUGCAGCCAAACAUGUGGUGAAGGCUUCCAAUCCAAGGAAAGAAGUUGUAAAAAAGAAACUCUAGAGUUGGAGCCACGAACCAUAUGCAACAAAGUCACAUCAGAGCUCGCAAGGCUUUGCAGAUAA